AUGAAGGUUCUCUUGCUGGGCGUGGUGCUGGUACAGCUGGUGUUGCUGCUGUUCUCGCCGGUUUUGAAGACGAGGCCGGUUUUCCAAUGGUACUACACACAGGUGUUCUAUCCAGUGUUCGUGGACGUGGACCGGCUACGCUGGAAGUUUUGGGCUGUGCCCGUGCUGUAUGCCAGCGUUUACGGCUACUGUGCCGUGCUGUUCUUGCAAGACGUGGAGCCCGUCGUGCGGACUCGGUUGACGGCUCUGGAGCGAUGGGUCGUGGUUCCAGCGGCGCUGGCCGCGCCGCUGGUCUCGGGUGCGCUGGCAAUGGCAGUCAAGCCUCGCACGUCGCGUGGUGCGUGGUCUGCGCCGCGCUACGACGAAUUGAUCUUCCAUGCUGGACUGGAGUGUCGAACUUGUCGACUGCCCAAGUACGCACGGUCGCGACAUUGCGCGAUCUGUGGCCAGUGCACGCUGUUGGCAGACCACCACUGUGUGUGGGUCAACAACUGCAUCGGGCAGGACAACUACCAGUACUUUUACGGGUUUUUGGCAGCGAAUGUGAUUGUGACGAGCUACGGGAGCAUCCGUUUGGCGUGGGUGCGACGCGCUGGUGGCGACGAACGGUCGCUUUUGGUGCUGUGCGCACUGCUGGGGUGCUUUGCAGUGAUUCUGACGGUGUUUGCGUACUUCCAGGUGGCUCUGGUGCGCGACGGGAUGACUACGGGCGAGGAGACCAAGUGGUUGGUAGUGCACGACAUGCUGCGUCAGGGCAAGCUGGUGGUGGACGGCUCAGGCCGGUAUUUCUACCGUUUAGACCGGGAAGACGACGCUGGCGCGUUUGAGUUCUACUCUACAAAUAUGUACGAUUCGCGCGUUUACCCAGUGCAGAACUACCGCACGGUGCGGGACCCUGCUGAGAUCACCAACAUCUACGACCGGGGCGGGUUUUGGGCCAAUCUGCGCGAACGCGUUGGGUAUGGAGUGUGA